AUGGAAUCUAAUGAGGUAGUCAUAGCAUCAUAUUUGUACAAGCGCUCGAAGAAAACUCACCAAUGGAAGAGCAGAUGGGUUGUAUUACGUCAACUUCAGCUCAGUUACUAUAAGGAUUCAAGCGAACAUAAACCAUUGAAGGUAAUUCCCAUUAAGAAUUUGCUUUCAACGAGUGAAGUUCAAGACAGUCAAAGAUUCAGAUUCGCAAUAUAUACCAAUAACAAGGUGAUACAUUUUAAAUGCGAAAGCGAGAAAGAGCUACGUAAAUGGAUGGAAUGUUUACGGGAGUUAAUUGACGAGCAUGAUGACACCAAGCAUAUGAUUAAAGAAGUUGAAAGAUUACAUAUGGAAUCAGAAGGACCCAUUUCCCCCACAGUAUUACCUCACUCACGACAAAAUCAACCGAAUGGAAAUUUACCUGAAAUUGUACCGCCGCCGCUAUCUGGAGAUCAGAGUGAUGGCGAAGAGUCAUCCUUUUAUAGUAGUGAAAUCAGUGAUUCGGGCUUUGCUCCCAAUACUUCUAUAACGCACAUCCCACCGCCUCCUACGAUCCAAGAAUUACAAGAGGAAGAAGAAAGAGAAGAGAAGUUAGAUUCUCAACGAAGUCAAUUGGAAGUAAAAGAUAAUGAAGCCAAUGAAUCAGUACGAUUAUCGGAACAUGAUGAAUACAUUGUGGAGCAAGGUUAUUUACUAAGGUUAAAAAAGAGAUUUAUGCAAUGGAAAAAGUACUACUUAGUACUUACUAAUAAAACACUUUAUUUCUACAAUUCGAAGCAAAGUGCACUUCUGAAGAAUAUAUUACCUUAUAAAACGAUAUCAUGUGACCAUAUUGUGGAUGUUAUCGAUGUUGAUCCAUUAUCUAGGUCAAAAGUUUGGUGUUUGCUUAUUAUCACUCCCACAAAAAGAAUACGAUUCUGUGCAUCCUCUGAAGAGGAGGUUGAAAAAUGGUUUGCUGCGCUUCAGGCUGUCAUAUUGAGCAACAAAAAGACAGAUUAA